AUGGCAAAAACAAAACAUCCACAGUUUAUGGAGUACGGGCGCUUCAGAGAGAGAAGGGAGCCAGAAUAUCCGUCCAUCUUCGAGAUCUUUCCCUGUCAGCCGACUCCAGGACCUGCCCCUCGCAUCAAGAAGGAAGAGAAUAAUAAGGACGACACUGGGACGGACGGCCGUGCAGAGGGCCAUGCUUCUGGGCGCGUUAAGAAGAGGAAGGCAGCCGAAGAAGUAGCAACGUCGGAUGACUGCGAGCGCAAACACACCGAGCAGCGUCGCCGUCGCCGCAAGAGACGUCAGAAUAAACUGGUCGCCGUGCCGCAGGAGGGCCCUGCUGGGGUCCACGUUAUUGGGCGCUUCAAAGUAACUAAGGCCGUAGAAGAAAAUCUACCAUAUAAGACUCAAGAGAACGACCUGAAUUCUGAAAGUGAGAUUUACUCCAAGGAACAAGAGAUGGUACUGGUCGUUGCGGCGCAGGAGGGCCCCGCUGAGGUGGAUGCUGCCAAGAUGGACCAAGAGGAGGAAAGAAUAUCUAAUUGUCACGUGGAUGCUGCCAAGAUGGAACAAGUCCAUCAAGAUUUACAGGAGAAGGUAGUUGAGAAUCGCAUGGGUACUGCCAAGAUGGGCGAAACAUGUGGAGAGAUUGAGGAGGGGGCAAAUGAGAGUCUUGAUAAUGAUGCUGAGAUUGACAAAGCAUGUGGGAAUGAGGAGGAAGGUGCAGUUAAGGGUCUCAUGAAUGUCUCCGACAUGGAAGAAGCAAGUCAACAUUUAGAAGAGGAGGCAGCUGAGAGUCUCAUGGAUGCUGCCAAGGUGGGCGAAACAUGUGGAGAAAUUGAUGAAGGGGGACAUGAUGGCGUUGUGGACGCUGCUGAGAUUGACACAGUAUGUGGAGAUGAGGAUGAACGGGCAACUGAGUGUCUCAUGGAUGCUGCUGAGAUCGAACAAGCCCAUCAACAUUUACAGGAGAAGGUAGUUGAGAGUCGCAUGGGUGCUGCCAAGAUGGGCGAAACAUGUGGAGAGAUUGAUGAAGGGGCACUUGAUGGUGUUGUGGACAAUGCUGAGAUUGACACAGUAUGUGGAAAUGAGGAUGAAGGGGCAGCUGAGUGUCUCAUGGAUGCUGCUGGGAUCGAACAAGCCCAUCAAGAUUUACAGGAGAAGGUAGUUGAGAGUCAGAUGGGUACUGCCAAGAUGGGCGAAACAUGUGGAGAGAUUGAGGAAGGGGCAAAUGAGAGUCUUGAUAAUGAUGCUGAGAUUGACAAAGCAUGUGGGAAUGAGGAGGAAGGUGCAGCUAAGGGUCUUAUGAAUGUCUCCGACAUGGAAGAAGCAAGUCAAUAUUUAGAAGAGGAGGCAGCUGAGAGUCUCAUGGAUGCUGCCAAGGUGGGCGAAACAUGUGGAGAAAUUGAUGAAGGGGCACAUGAUGGAUUUGUGGACGCUGCUGAGAUUGACACAGUAUGUGGAGAUGAGGAUGAAGGGGCAGCUGAGUGUCUCAUGGAUGCUGCUGAGAUCGAACAAGCCCAUCAACAUUUACAGGAGAAGGUAGUUGAGAGUCGCAUGGGUGCUGCCAAGAUGGGCGAAACAUGUGGAGAGAUUGAUGAAGGGGCACUUGAUGGUGUUGUGGACAAUGCUGAGAUUGACACAGUAUGUGGAAAUGAGGAUGAAGGGGCAGCUGAGUGUCUCAUGGAUGCUGCUGGGAUCGAACAAGCCCAUCAAGAUUUACAGGAGAAGGUAGUUGAGAGUCGCAUGGGUACUGCCAAGAUGGGCGAAACAUGUGGAGAGAUUGAGGAAGGGGCAAAUGAGAGUCUUGAUAAUGAUGCUGAGAUUGACAAAGCACUUGGGAAUGAGGAGGAAGGUGCAGCGAAGGGUCUUAUGAAUGUCUCCAACAUGGAAGAAGCAAGUCAAGAUUUGGAAGAGGAGGCAGCUGAGAGUCUCAUGGAUGCUGCCAAGGUGGGCGAAACAUGUGGAGAGAUUGAUGAAGAGGCACAUGAUGGUGUUGUGGACGCUGCUGAGAUUGACACAGCAUGUGGAGAUGAGGAUGAAGGGGCAGCUGAGUGUCUCAUGGAUGCUGCUGGGAUCGAACAAGCCCAUCAAGGUUUACAGCAGAAGGUAGUUGAGAGUCGCAUGGGUACUGCCAAGAUGGGCGAAACAUGUGGAGAGAUUGAGGAAGGGGCAAAUGAGAGUCUUGAUAAUGAUGCUGAGAUUGACAAAGCAUAUGGAAAUGAGGAGGAAGGUGCGGCUAAGUGUCUCGUGAAUGUCACCAACAUGGAAAAAGCAAGUCAAGAUUUAGAGGACGCCGCCAAGAGUCUGUUGGGUGCUGCCAAAAUGGAGCAAGUUCGUGUAGAUGUUGAGGAGGGAGCAGCUAAGAGUCUUUGUAGCCAACCCUCGGGUGCCGCUUGCACCCACUGA